AUGAGUGUGGAUACUCCCGGUCCCUACAGUGUGCCUUGUUCUGAGAAAGCAUCGGAUACUGAGGACUCCUUGCCGAAGCCUGCAGUUCACGGUCCUGAGGAAAACUAUUCUUGCCUACAAAUGUCUGCUGCUGAGAAGCUCCGCACAGAGACCGCCUCUCCUCGCCCUUCCUCUGUGGACCUACCUGUUCAAGACAGCCCUGAUUCCUCUACCAGUCCCAAAGUAAAGCUCUCUGGUUCUCAGUCUGAGGAAGAUCCCGACAAGAAGGGAGAGGGCAAGGUGUAUGCCAAGAAGCAGAAGAUGAGGACUGUGUUCUCUCAGGCCCAGCUGUGUGCGCUCAGGGACAGGUUUCAGAAGCAGAAGUACCUGAGUCUCCAGCAGAUGCAAGAGCUGUCUGCCAUUCUGAACCUUAGCUACAAGCAGGUUAAGACCUGGUUCCAAAACCAAAGAAUGAAAUGUAAGCGGUGGCAGAAGAACCAGUGGCUGAAGCCCAGCAACAGCGCGACUCAGAAGGGCUCGGCCCUGGCAGAGUAUCCCAAGGUCUACUCCAGCUAUCCCCAGGGCUAUCUGGUCAACCCAUCUGGGAGCCUUCCAAUGUGGAGCAGCCAGACUUGGACCGACCCAACGUGGAGCAACCAGACCUGGACCGGUUCAGCUUGGAGCAACCAGACCUGGACCGCUCAGACCUGGUGUACGCAAGCCUGGAAUAGCCAGACCUGGAACACUGCUCCGUUCCAUAACCUCGGAGAGGACUCUCUGCAGCCUUACACGCAGCUGCCGCAGAACUUCUCUGCCAGUGAUUUGGAGGUGAAUUUGGAAGCCAUUGGGGAAAGCCAUGCAUAUUGCAGCACCCCACAAGCCCUGGAGUUGUUCAUGAACUACUCUGUGAAUUCGUCGGGUGAAAUGUGA